AUGGCAAAGAUAAAAGUAAAACGGAAUAAAAAACAAGUCAAUCAAGAAAAAGAACAAAAUAAGGAGGAUAAUGUUGUUGUACUGCCGCCUGUACGAAUGUCCGAUGAUCCUACACCAAAACAGGUAAAAUGGAUCAACAGACAAAGGGUACUAGUUUUUGCCGCACGCGGUAUUAAUCAUAGGCACCGUCAUUUAAUGGAAGAUUUAAAAAAGCUUAUGCCUCAUCACAAAAGUGAAUCUAAAAUGGAGAGAAGUAAAAAUUUAUAUGUUGUGAAUGAAAUCAGUGAAAUGAAAAAUUGCAACAAAUGCAUUCUCUUUGAAGGCAGAAAAAUGAGAGAUUUAUAUCUUUGGCUAUCGAAUAUUCCUAAUGGACCAAGUGCAAAAUUUUUAGUUGAGAACAUUUACACAAUGGGCGAGUUAAAAAUGACAGGCAAUUGUUUGAGAGGUUCUAGACCUCUUUUAUCUUUUGACCCACAAUUCACAAAGGAUCCACAUUACAAUCUUUUAAAGGAACUGCUCACUCAAACUUUUGGAGUCCCAAAACAUCACCCCAAGAGUCAACCAUUUUUUGAUCAUGUCUUCACUUUUAUGAUCUUAGAUAACAGGAUUUGGUUUAGAAAUUACCAAAUCUUAUCUGAAGAUGGAGCAUUAGCUGAAAUAGGGCCAAGAUUUGUUUUGAAUCCAGUAAAAAUAUUUUCUGGAUCAUUUGGUGGAGUUACUUUGUGGGAAAAUCCUAAAUAUGUAAGCCCUGCAAAACUGAGACAAGCAUAUUCUAAAAAAGCUGCAAAUAAAUAUGAAAGAAGAAUUGAGAAGAAAGUAAUGAAUGAAGCAACUAAACCAGAAACUGGUUACCCUGACAUUGAAGGAUCUGAUUUCUUCAAAGGAAAUCCUAUUAAGAAAGCUGAAAAUGUAUUACUUGAAGAAGAAAUCAAACAAGAAGAUGAAUUUAUGGCAGGGGAGAGUGAAAAUGAAGCUCAAGCGAAACCAGUAUUUAGUAUGAGGUUACCCAAAAGUAAACCAGACAUGGCAAUACGACGUAAACAACUUAGGGCAAAAAGCAAAGCUAUUUCUGAUCAGAUAAAGAAGAGAAAGCAGUUUAAGAAAAAGAAACCUAUUAAAAAA